AUUAAUUCUUUUAAUUUUGACAAUUAACGCGAUCUAUAUUACCGGCAUACAUUUUAAACGUCAAAAUAUUUUUAAUUGUCAAAAAUGGAUGUACUUAACUUGUGAAUCCUUUCUCAGAUGGAUAUUGGAAUUGGGACGAUUUAAGACAAACUUUAAAGUUUAUUAGUCAAGACCCCAAAAUUAGAAAACUACUUCAGCAAUUAAACAAAAACCAUUCAAUUUCGCACCAAAAUCUUCCGCAACAGGAUCAGCCGUCAUUUAGGAAUAAAAUUAAUAAAUUCACAAUGCUAGGGCAACGUUAAUUUGACUUCUUUGUAUUUGAGGUUAUGUUCGUUUCACUUAUAAAUAAUGUGACGUUAGUUAUCAUCUGCGAAGUUAGUAACAAAUUAAUUUUUGAGGUUAUAAAAAUAGAAUGUUAUCAUCCCACAUUUGUAUUAAUUGGGGGGCAAAAAUUUCUCAAUUAUAAAAAGAAUACAGCCCUAUAGUACUAAAAUGAACUAAAUGCGUAUUUUUUAUUUUAACCAAGGUAAACAUAUUUUUUUUAGGAACAAUGUGGUCAAACAGCUGUAUUACGUUGAAAUUGAUCUUGGAAUAAUUGUUAUCGAUCUAGUUUUAUGAAAAACGCAGGUUUAUAGGCACAUUUUAUGUAAUAAUAGCCACAAAUAAUUAUUCGAAAGAGUGGUCGAUUUUUGUAAUUCCAACCUCAAAUAUUUUUAGUAUUCUUUCCCAUUUUUCUAUAAAUUAUCUUUUAAAUAAGCAUUUAAACUUAUGUUACAUUAGUUCUUUAGGGUAUUUAAUAUAAAAAAGUAAUAAAUAAUGUUAUUUUUGAUUAAUUCUUUUAAUUUUGACAAUUAUCGCGAUCUAUAUUACCGGCAUUAAUUUUAAACGUCAAAAUAUUUUUAAUUGUCAAAAUGGAUGCUCAACUUGUGAAUCCUUUCUCAGAUGGAUAUUGGAAUUGGGACGAUUUAAGACAAACUUUACAAUUUAUUAGUCGAGACCCCGCAAUGAGAACUACUUCAGCAAUCAAACAAAAAUCAUUCAAUUUUGCACCAAAAUCUUCCGCACCAGGAUCAGGGGCUGGAGUAUACGAAAUCAAAUUUAGAGAUGUUACUGAUAAAUUAGACAAAUUAAUUUUUCGGCGUUAUUUUCAACGGCGAGUAAAACCAUUAGAACCGGAUGUAGUAACUGUACAAGAUUUGCGGGAUAUCGCGCUUUAUUUAGCAAACCCAAAGGAUUUAAGCAUCGAAUUCAUUAAUUAUUUUCAUAUCCAACCCGUCGAUCGAUUUUUAAGAGCUUUAAUCAUCUAUUUUCAAUAUUAUUUGGACGUUUGGGAAGUUAUUGAAUCAAAACGUGAAGAAAAGGCUCGAAAAAUUCGCCAACCCAUUGCUUUAGAACUCGAAGACGUGGUCAGAGAUAACUUGGAAGAUCUUCGAGCUCUCGUGGCUCGUGAAUAUUUGGUUAUCAUCGGUGGAGUUGGUGAAGCUAAAAAAUUUCAUCACAUGGCGGGAAGAAUGACUUCGUUAUCAGGAAAAGAUCGUAGACUUUUUGAGAUGCUUAUCCAGAUGGCUGUUAGAGUUGUUUGGAUUGCUCUUCAACGAAAACAUUUAUUAUUAAUUGAAUUGGAAAUGAAUAGGAUGUUUCGAGGUGAUUCUUUCAACUUGGUGACCCAUCGCAAAAAUGUAAACGCUUCGAAGCGAAAUCCAGAAGAAGAUAGGGUUUUAAUUGGAGCGGCGAAUCUUUUCGAACGGAAACUUCUACAAAGAUCGCCGGUGAUUAAAGAGCUUAUUUUCGCUGAGCACGAUCAUAGAUUACUCGGAGCUGGAGUUAGAUUAUUCCAACCGCGAGAUGAUCGCAUAGAUUUUAUCGAAGCGUGUUAUUCGGUCCCGGAAGAACAUAUAAAUAAAAUGGGGAUUGCGUUGGGACUUUUAGGGAUUCCCAGAGAGGAAUUUGAUCCGGUUUUGUUAUCCCGAGAACGGACUAGUAAGACUUAUACGAAGAAAAUAACCGAAAUUCCCGAAUUUAAAUUACCACCAAAAACCGAUCAUAGUUACUUAGAACUACCAAACAUAUUUCCGAAAGAGCGCGGUCGUUUUGAAGAAACCGCACAAAGUAUUAAUGCAAGAGAAGCUCAGUGUAGAAUGUGGGUGCGACAUGUACGCUGUGCUUUAUUAGGAUUUCCAGACACGACAUCCGAUAGAGGGCGACACGAUAGUUUAUCAAGAAUCAGUGUGACUAGUGGAAAAGGAGAGGAUGAAACUCUUUAAGGGUGAGGAAAUGUUGUUUUCCCUCAAUUAAAUUGUUUAAUUCGAAUAAUGGGGGAUUUUCGAUGAUUUUCUGGCCUAAAA